UCUUUUUUUCUGGACGUCUACAUAGCUAGCAACUUCGAGUAAGGCUAUUAAGACCGGCUAAAUCAGUCGGCACCCCAACGUCAACGACCGUUGAAGCAAGCAAAGUCCUUCAGGCUUCCAUAACCAUUGCGCUAUUCAUCUUCACUUUCCUAAACAUUAAACUAGGGUGACGUCCAAAAAUGAAGCCCUGUCAUUUCGACAAGCACGGUCGGCUUCGUAUUUUAGCGAUAGACGAUGACUCCGUAAAUCUUAUGGUUAUAGAGUCUGUCCUGAGGCCCCUCGGUUGGGAUAUAGUGCCAGCGAUGGACAGCACGGAGGCUUACGCAGCCGUCGACGAUGAUGACACCUGGCCGGACCUGGUUCUGCUCGACUAUAACCUUGAAGUUGGGGACAGUGGUGAAACUGUCCUAGCCAACCUCGGGGCCAAGUUUGGUCGGGCCAACAUCCCCAUCGUGAUGUGCACGGCCAUGUCAGCGAACUCGGUCGAGCUAGAACGUUGCCUUGCGGCCGGCGCGGUUGACGUACUCCUCAAGCCUUAUGAGCGCAGCCGCGUUAUGAGCGUCGUGGAGAAGUACUGCCCUGGUAAGAGCACUUCGCGGCCAGCACCAUCAUCAGCACCAGCUCCGCCCGCUCCCGCACCCACGCCCCCAGCGCCAGCCCCCGUCCCUGCUCCUCCCCCACCACCUCCCGCACCCGCACCCGCACCGGCUCCUCCAGCGGUAGCCCAGCCAGACAUCGAAUCCUUCUGCUGCGGCAUCGGACUGGAUUACGUGGGCAGGAAGCUCAAGGAACAGGGCGUCUUGCUGAAGGACCUCACCACCUUUGACGACGCAGCGCUGCGUAAAUUGGGUGUGGUGGUGAAGUCGCAGCGGGAUAAGAUCUUGGAAGCCGCCAGGGCCCUAUAAGCGGCUGGGUCGGCUACUGCAGUACCUUUAAUGCGACCUUGCAUGCAAAAGGUAUCUGCUGCGAUUAAAGCUGCCUUCAUGCGGUUUAGCUGCUUAGAUGUUGCCGGGCACCGUUGCUUGCUUGGGAAGUGGCAGUUGGUUACCGGUAUUGUAAGGCCUUGUACGGCGUUAUACGGUGUCGUGCGAUAUUGUACGCUUUUGAGGUGGCGCGGAAACGGUGUGGGCGUGUAAGAGUUCUUGAGUUCUCGAGUCAAGGAGAGGUACAGUAACGAAUGUCAACAAAACAUGAAAAGAGGACCCUUGAGCGAGUGUGCAAGCGUGUGGUAAUGUCGGUGAAGGGUGCAGGUGUGCGGUUAGUUUUGCUCCGCAUCAUAAGUCAGGUAUUGUUUGUAAACUAGUGUUGGCUCGCCUCGAUAAGGGGCGCAGUCUUAGCGUUCACUCAAAAUAGUCCGGGCCGAGGCGUCCUUUUUGUACCGUGCACGUGUCCUAUGGUGUAUCCCUGUACAGUUUGGAUGUACCUGCACCGAGGUCGCAGAUUCGGUCGGACAAGGUGGCGUAGUAAAUUGUGUUGUGUUUUGAAUACAACGGUAUGUUGAAAAAAGUGAGAGUGUUAGAGUUCAGAAGACGACCCAAAUGUCGUACAUAUUGGCGGAAACAAAGUGCUGUUGGCAGGUUUGUCUAGGUGAUUCGUAAUUUCCAUAGCAAUGUCAUUGUAGCGUUGUAACGCUGGAACCAACGUUUAGCCCAUAAGCCAAGGAUAAGUUGGCUCUUGUUGUGCCUCCCUCAAGGCUGACUUGCCUCUUGCAAGAAACUAAACUAGUAAAGUGGAGAUUUCAGGUAGAAUUCAGGAAGCUUAAUUGUAGAUCAAUACAAACAGCUUAGCAAAGGCUGCCGUUCUUACCAUCCGGCCGUUGGCGGUUAAUUCCCUGGAACGCUGUUCUACUUAACGGCUUAACCAUGAUGCCAGAGCCCGUGUCUGCUGCCCUUACUUCGCACCCAUGUCUGCUGCACUAUUGCAAACCCCUUCACCCGCAGCCGCCCAGGUGGCGCUGGCAAACCCGUGGCGCCCCAGCUGCUGUUGUCAUCAGCAGCGGUCUUUGAGGCUAUUCCAGCAACUUUUUGCCAGGCAUUUAAGCCCUCUAACUUGCAUGCAACCGAAGUCCUAUUAGUCCUUAUCGUACCUCCACAAGUUGACACAGAUGUAUGCAAGGCAAAUGAGGUCCCGUAACUCCGUCUUCUAAUUCCCACAUAAACGUGCCUCCUUGACGCAGGCCAUCAUCAACGCAAUCCCUC